GAGAGAGAGAGCGAGCGGGCAGUGAUCAACAGUGAGUGAGCGAGAGAUAGAACUGCAGCAGACCUGGAUCAGAUAGCAGAGAUAGAGAGAAAGAGCGAGAGACAGAGAAAGAAGAGAGGGUGACUGUGUGGAUUGGACAAGGUUGGGGGAAACAUUGAUUUAAACAAGUGGACCCCUCCAGAGAGAGAGAGAGAUCCCCAAAGAUCUUUCAGACCGGAAUAUCAUGCUUCUUUUCCCAGAAAAUUGUUAUCUAGAAAUGUUACCUUUGGUCAUUUGCGAAGGGCUACUUUCCUUCCCAAUUUUCCCAUCUGUCUAUUUCUGAAAACGAGAGCACCUAUCGAGUGCGUCUUGCUGGAACAGGUGUUGUGUUGUGCAGCGGUACGGUCCCUGUCCUGUCACUGCGUUGUGUUGUGCAGACACUUUUCCUGAACGGAGAAAGAGACUAUUGACGACCAGGACCAAUCGAGAUGAAGAAGCUCAGCGGGUUUUUCCGGUUCUGUCUCACUCGGAUGGAGUGGUUCUACCCAUAAGGGAUCUGAAGAGAAUUAGCCAGAACCCAGCAGAAAACAUGCUACAGUUUGGCUAAAGAACCUUAGCGAGCAGAAGGGGAACUGGAAAACCUCUGUGGAAAUCUCUGUACCUCUGUUCUAGAACAGUUGGAGAAAGGGGACUUUAACUUGAACAAAUAGGGAUCAUCACAUCACAAGGUCAGGAAGGGUGUGUCUAGGACCCAUUUGGCCACUUGGACAGAGAUCUGUUUUGGCAUCAGGGGGGAACCGCCUGUGCCCAUUUCCUGUAAUCCCCAGUGCUGUUUCCUGUGUCUUGCCUACCACUCUGACUGUUGAGUUGGAGCAGCGACUCUCUGGUGCCCCACUGGCUGAGCCUGGCUCGGUCAUGAGUGUGGUCGGGGCGCACCGCUACAGCAUUGUGUCCUCGGAGGAAGAAGGCCUGCGUCUCGGUGCCAUGCCUUCCGUCACAAUGGGCAAUGGCUUCGGUAACGGCAAGAUCCACACGAUGCGCCGCAAGUGCCGCAGCCGCUUCGUGAACAAGAACGGCCAGUGCAAUGUGCACUUCUCGCACAUGGACGAGAAGUCGCAGCGCUACAUGUCAGACAUCUUCACCACGUGCGUGGACAUCCGCUGGCGCUGGAUGUUCCUGAUGUUCACACUGGUGUUCGUGGUGUCCUGGCUGGCAUUCGGCCUGGCCUUCUGGGUCAUCGCUUUGCUUCAUGGAGAUAUGGACAACCCGGGUGGUGGAGACGAUAACUUCACCCCCUGCGUCCUGCAGGUCAACAGCUUCGUGGCCGCCUUCCUGUUCUCCGUGGAGACACAGACCACUAUUGGUUAUGGCUUCCGCUGCGUGACGGAGGAGUGCCCCUCAGCCGUCUUCAUGGUGGUCUUCCAGUCCAUUUUCGGCUGCAUCAUCGACUCCUUCAUGAUCGGUGCCAUCUUAGCCAAGAUGGCGAGGCCUAAGAAGCGUGCAGAGACGCUGCUGUUCAGCAACAAUGCAGUGAUCGCCAUGCGGGAUGGGAAGCUGAGCCUUAUGUGGAGGGUGGGCAACCUGAGGAAGAGCCACAUGGUGGAGGCCCAUGUCCGGGCCCAGCUCAUCAAGCCCCGCAUCACAGAGGAGGGUGAGUACAUCCCCCUGGAUCAGAUUGACAUCAACGUAGGGUAUGACACGGGCAUCGACCGCAUCUUCCUGGUCUCCCCGCUCACCAUUGUGCACGAGAUCGAUGAGGAGAGCCCCCUGUUCGGCAUCAGCAAGCUGGACCUGGAGUUGUCCGACUUUGAGAUAGUGGUGAUACUUGAAGGGAUGGUGGAAGCCACAGCCAUGACAGCGCAAGCUCGCAGCUCCUACCUGUCCUCAGAGAUUCUGUGGGGUCACCGCUUCGAGCCUGUCGUCUUCGAGGAGAAGAGCCAGUACAAAGUGGAUUACGCUCACUUCCACAAAACCUUUGAGGUGCCGUCCACCCCCCAGUGCAGUGCCAAGGACAUGGCGGAGAUGGAGGACGAGGACAAGGAUCCUACGCCCACAGCCAACUCUUUCUGCUAUGAGAAUGAGCUGGCUUUCAUCAGCCAGGACGAGGAAGAUGAUGAGGAGGGGCAGGAGGAUGGGGACAGGGUGCCAGAGCUGGAGAGACUGCAGGCCACCGUCAGCCUAGACCAGAGAUCAUAUCGUAGAGAAUCGGAGAUAUGACCUUUGACAUUUCAAAAUAGUUUUCUUGUAACUCAGUUCUAGCGGGUUGUUUUCCAUGUGAAUACAUGCAGAGCAAUGCAAGUGCCAUAUGAAACCCAUGACUUAUUGCAUCACGCUACAGCCAUGAGGAAGGAGGAAAUCACUCUAGAAACAGCCAUGAGUGGAGACAGCAGUGCUGCUUACUCAUAGCACGGAAUAACAGGAACAGUCAUCAAAAGACCCCUCUCUCUUUAAGAAAACUUUAAAACUUUUGGUCAUGAGAUGGUUUGAGGUAGGAGCUUUAUAUAAUGCAAUAUUCAUUGUCUAUUAGGAAAUAAUAUCUUAGCUAUAAAAAAAUAUAUAUUGAUUUCUUAGUUGAGUGUGUGAAGUAUUUUCAACAGAUCAAGAGGGUAUUUUGAGGGAUUCUUAUAACUGCCCUAUAUUGUAGUUUACAGAGUCAAAGACACAGAGUGUGCUUGAAAUAGAAACACUGGAUACUGCUGUUUAGUUAAACAUUUUCUAUAUGCACACCUGUAGUUUUAAAGGUGCUUUCCAUAAAUAUUGCCUGCUGCUAAUUAGCUAUUUGAAAUAAAUAUGAAAUAUAAACUUAAAAUUGGAAGAAUACAGUGAUAAAAUGCAUAAGUGCAUAAAUUGCAUAAUUGUGUUGUGUAUUUUGCAUUUCUAUACAAUUUGAAUCCUUUAGAAAGUGAACAAUUGAUAGCAUGAAAUUAGAUUUUUGUUAUAUUACUGGGAACCUGUAUAGAAAACAAUUAGUGGGCACAAUUCACUAUCAAGUGAACAAAACACUAUGUUUUGCUGUCUAAAUCACUCUCUAGCAAUUGCACCCCACCACUUUAUUUGUUUUGAACAGGGAAUCUGAUUGAUUUAGACAGCUCCAGUUAUUGCACACAGCUGAACGGCAGACCAGGCAGCAACAUUGAUAAAGCACAGUUACAGGUUGGCUCGUACCGAAAUCUAGCACAAAUAGAACAAAGCACUGCAUUAAGGGGCUACACUCGGCUACACUUGAAAAUCAAACAAAUUAACCCAUUAGCCACCGCACAGAAGCAAAAGAUUGGCUAACAAAAGAGCAGUAGCCUUAGCUGUAUAUUAGGCUACAUUUCAGCUGAUAAUACUAAAAUGGGAGUUGGCUGGGUGACUGAAGUUAAAGACCAGAUAAUAUAGAACUGUAGAAUUGACCUACUGACAGUCUUACCAAAAACCUUAAAACAGAGGAAAUAAGUGACAAGUGGGAAUAAAAGAGGGACAAAGAAAGAAGAGGAGAGAUUAAAGUUGGUAGGUAAAGUCAAUCAAUCAUCACGUAAGUAAAGUCUGGUACGGUACUAAAAAUGGGUAUAUAAUUUGCACUGUUACAUCUCCUUCCAGUGUUCACAUUGGCUGAGGAGACAUCAAUCAAGACAUGGGUCAUGUUCAUUGGGUACCAAAAGGGAGAAAAAAACAUAUGCAAUAGUAAACAAAAAAAAUGGUUUACUAUUGCAUAUGUUUUUAAACGUUGUGUGCCCUAAUGAACACGGCCAUGAGGUUGCUUAAAGAGGAGAUACCAUUGGACAUCCCUAAACAGACCCAAAGGAGGAAAUAGUGAGAAAUAGAAUAAUGGAGAGAGACAAAAGAGGAUUACAUUUGCGACCUGUUCUCCCACAAGGGCUCUUUGCAGACAGGCAGCACUUGGAGAAAUGAACAUGUCUAAUUACAGUACGGGGGAAUAUGUAACAUAAUUUAAAUAAAUUAAAUGUGUUGUAGAAAUAGAUUACUGCCUGCAAAACUUGUCACCACAAAUUAGAAAAACUCUGGGUGGGAAAUAGUGCCAAAUGGUACCUAUUCCCUAUAUAGUGCACUACUUUUGACCAGGACCCAUAGUACUUAUUCCCUACAUAGUGCACUACUUUUGACCAGAGCCCUAUAGGUGUGUAGGGAAUAGGAUGCCAUUUGUGACGCAGCCUAGCUCUUUCUGCGUUUCAUAUCUGAACUAUGCACCUUAGAUACAGUUUUGAGAAAAGAAGAGUGAAAACUAAUAACAACACGAAAACAAUACUAUAGAGUAAAGACACAGGUCAUUAAUUUAGGUUCAACACAACAGUAAGUGUACACCUGACAGAUUUGGACAUAUGUCAGUAAUAUGGUAGUAGACCAGACCCUCUCUUAGGUUAGGUUACUACUGUUUAACUUACACCAAUUUAUGCUACUCCAGUUUUGAACGGGAAUCAAGAAGUGUACGGUGGUCAGGACUAGUACUACAGUGGUUUAUGUUACUUUAAAACUGGGUUGUACAGUCCUGCUAUCCAGAAUAUGCCUUGUCUAUCAAGGUCCAUUCAGAUAAGCAUUAUUCUCAAGGUGAAGCUUGCUGUUGGCUUUUGUGGGCGUGUAUCCGAACCUCUCAUGCUGUAUCCAAUCCAAUCAACUGACUCUUAUUACUCAAACCCUUGGCGAUAGACAGAAGACAGGCCCAGAAUAGACCUCCUGAUGCUUCUUUUCUUUCAACACUUUCAAGCAACACAAAACUUUGGCUUCAAGCCCUAACUACCCUUCGGGACUCUUCUUCCCAAAUGAAACCUAAACCAAAGUUGUGUACUGGACUGUGUAGUCAGAGCCAGAUAAAGCUGGUUUUAGUGCAUGAGCUUGAGCAACACUCGUCCAUGUACUGUAUGUGUCAGGUUGCGAUAUCCAAAAUGGCACUCUAUUCCUUAUAUAGUGUACUAUGGUGCUCUUGCUCUGGUAGAGCAAAGUAAAAUAGAGUACUACAGUACAUAGGGAAUAAAGCGCCAUUAAGGGUGCACCCUCAGUCCUCCCUACAUACCCAACAGAGCCCCAGGACAUUGUAUGGAGGAUCCACAGACUGGUCAAACAGAUUACUGUUUUCUAGUAUAUUUUUGUAGAGUACCAGAAUUCCUUGUCCCUCCUACUGCACAAAGUAACUCACUAUAUAGCCCUAUAUGACCUAUAAUAGUUUUUGUGGCAAUCUUUCAUAGACUAGACAUUAGGGACAUAGAAAUGUAUUGUAUAGAAUGGCCAUCCCUUUUUGAAAAGCAAUGUUGGAUGGAUGCCAGUCAGAUGGCUAAUGAACUUGGAGGAGUAGUGGUUUGACAAAAUAUUCAAGUAAUUGUUGAUUUUUUUGUUUUGUUUCAGAACUUUGUGUAAUUCACACACCAUCUGAUCUGUUAAAUUGUGCGGCUAUAUCGUUUUGUUCAUAAUAAUUCAUGUGGAAUGGAGAGAACAUUAUCAAUACUUUGUCAUUCUUAACUAGCUCCCACAGUCUCACGUCAGAAUUAGACCAGUCAUCCAUGUCUCUCAAACGUCCAAUUUCUAAGUUCUUCCAAACGUCAAAUUGUGUACUUAGACAUUUUGCGGAGUUAAAAUCUCAAAAACAACUUUCUUUCACUGAAUUUGAACAUGCAACCUUUGACAGCAGAGACAGAUGCCUAUGCCUAUGCCUACCCACCAUCCAUGUCUAAGCAAAACCAAAACCUACUUGAAGGUAACAGCGCUCCCUGUUGCACCUAGUGGCCAGUUUUCACGUGAUAUCAGAUAUUGAUAUAUGUCGACUACUGACUGGUGGUCACGGGUGAACUGGCUGGUAAUUCUACAGCAUCACAUUAUUUUGUUUUCUGGGAAGGUUAAUGAAUCACAUGGCAAGGAAGAUCGGUUGCGUCCAAAUGGCACAAUAUUUCUUUAAUAAAGCACAACUUUGGGCCCUGGUCAAGGAAACGUGCUGAAAGGAAACGUGCUGCUACUACUGUACAAGGUGUCGUCUCUGUAACAAUGAUGGCAAUGGGCGAUCAUAGAGAUGCAAAACCAUUAUCAACAUCUGCUUUAUCCACAGUACCAUAGGGUAGUGGAUGACCAUUGAUGUUUAAUGUAACGAAUUAACACGUUUGACACCAAAUUCCCUAUAUAGUGCACUACCUAUGCCCUGGUCAAAAGUAUUUCACUAUGUAAGGAAUAGGGUGCCAUUUGGGACUUAGACUUAGUUGUCCAUGACUCUUAAUAAUACUCCCAUAUGGGUCCGUAGAUAGGACAGUCUGUCUAUGUGCAGUGGAAACUUACUUGCUCACUAUUUUCAUAAAUCAACACUAUUCUAUUUUUAUAUCAAUCUUGAUGAGCAGUUUUUUUUUCUUAAUAUCUCUGAAUAUGCUUGGAGUACGAGGAAAGGGGUUGAGUUAGCUUGAUACUUGAGCACAAACUGAAACUGCAAACCUGGGGAUGAGGAGAGGGAAUUGGGGGGAAGAUACAAACUGAAACUGCAUUCAAACUGAGCUUUUAGCACGUCAUAACUACUGAUCUAGAAUCUUAAAUCUAGAAUUAACAUACCAAUAACAUAAGCCAUCAGAUGAUACCAACCAGAGAGUUGUGGAGAUAUAAGAGAUGUCCGAGCUGCUCACUAAGUCUCUGAUUAAAACUAAUUGCUAUUUAUCUUCAGAAAGGAGAAGGGAUUCUGUAACUGACUCGACUGGAUGGACUGGUUGAACUUUGACCUCUAUCGGACGUCUUCCACUGUCUGAACGAGCCCGAGAUGCUGAUUUACACUGACUGGGUUGUUGUUGAUAUAUUUUUCUCCUACCUUUUGGUUUAUUUCAAUGAACAAUGAACGGCUGAAAACGUUAAUAAAUCAUUAAAAAAAAGAUAUAUAAUUACAAAACGUAA